UCUCCUUGGACAUGGUCUUUCCCUCAACACGCUGCCAAAGAUGUCACUGUCCGACGCAGAUAGAAACACGAUAACAUGACGGGGAACCCAACCAUCUACCUUCCCAGAUCCUAUCUUCUCUGAGCACCGUUUACAAACUAUCCACGCCUCCAUCCCUUUCCUCGGCAAUGUUUCGUUUCAUUCUUCCAUUACACAACCAGGCCGUCUGUAAUUAAUGAACUUUUCGCGCCCCUGUGCAACAGUUCGUCAGCUCCCAGCGCGCGGAAGACAAUGAAGACCACGCGGAAAUGCCGCGCGUUGCUCUCGGUUGGACUCAACCUGGUCGCCCUGUUUUUUUCCACCACCGCGUUCAUUACGACGUAUUGGUGCGAGGGCACUCAGCGCGUACCCAAGCCCAACUGCAGCAAGCAGCGGCGGCACAACUGCAUCGACUACGGCGUGAACGAGACAGACAAGAGCAAGGUCCACUACAGCUGGGAGACCGGAGACGAUCGCUUUCUGUUCCGCCGUUUCCACACCGGGAUCUGGUACUCCUGCGAGGAGAACAUUCACGGUCCAG